ACACGCCAUCUCUGUUUAUGCGAAUGCUACUCACCUAUACUGCAGACAGAAUUCCGUUCGUACGGACGCCGGCUCCCGAACACAGCACGAACAGAAUUCUGUUUGUUAGAAUGCUGUUGCUUCCAUGUGUGACCACACAGAAGGAAGAACUUCAAGGGAAUCAAAGGGCGCACGCGCGCCAACACAGUCUUGUAAAGGUACAGGAG